UUCACUUGUCUUCACUGAACUCCCUAAAACCUCCCUUCACUUCCAACGCCCGAAACAAAAACCCCAGAGACUCUUUGAGUUUUUUCUUCAAACAUUUUAUCUGCACCGUAACUCCUUGCCCUCUUCAGUAAAAUCGCAGUUAUGUUUUUGACGAGAUUUAUUGGGCGGUCGUUCCUGGCUGCUGCAAAAUCAGAGUCAUCUGCAGCUUCUGGAGCUGCUGCUACGAUGGCUACGUCAGGGCACAACCCUCUCGAGGAGCUUUUUGAGAAAGAUAGAGCUCCUGAUGAUCAAAAACCUGUUUAUGGUCGAAGUUGGAAAGCUUCUGAACUGCGCUUGAAGUCUUGGGAUGAUCUUCAUAAGCUAUGGUAUGUUCUGUUAAAGGAGAAAAACAUGCUGAUGACUCAGCGCCAGAUGCUUCAUGCCCAGAACCUACGAUUUCCCAAUCCAGAGCGCCUUCCCAAGGUGAGAAAGUCAAUGUGCCGUAUCAAACAUGUACUCACCGAAAGAGCAAUUGAAGAGCCAGAUCCUAGGAGGUCCGCUGAGAUGAAGAGGAUGAUAAAUGCUUUGUGAUGUUUCCUAACUUGAUAUCACUUUUUGUUAAGGCAUAUUAUGUUUUGUUGGUAGGAUGUGAUAUGCCUAUUUCGGUGGGUACAAGAAUACAGACUGGUGGUUUACCAAUCUCUUCACUGCUUGUUGCAAAUUUGUAGAAGAUUUGUUGAGUUGUGCUAUGACUGCUGGAAUUAACCAUUUUGGUAGAGAUAUAAUUUGAAAUCUUAUUAUUGCUCCAUGUAACGAUUGAAAGUCUUAUAUUGUUUAGAGCUUUGUGAACUAGCUUGAAGCAGACAAAUAAUUUCAAGGGAGCAUAGGGAAAAAUAUAUCUGCAGUAUAUCUGAAUGGAUAUACUGCCCAGAUCUUUGAAUUGAACAAUUAACUUCGAAUAGUUUUCUUGCUGAUUACAUUGAAUAAUUUAUAUGUGACUGCUUUGGAUAUCAAAGAAGACUGAGGGUUAUCAUCUUGUUUGUUUGUACCCCAAAGAGAUCAGGCAA